GCUUGUUGAAAACUUCAAGCUAAUAAAAUGGAUCUCAUAAAAGUUUUAUUACAGAUUUUUGCCUUGUAUUCUAGUACAAUCCUGGCAGAUAACUGUUCUGUUGAACCAGAAUGCCAUGUGUUUCACUGGAAAGAAUGGGGUUCGUGUGCUGGUGUCUGUGGCUCACAGUCGCAAGGAAGAGAGCGCAAAAUGUGCUGUUCUUAUUCUGUUAGUCCUCGUACCGUAGAAAAUUGCCUGAAACACUGUAACCUGUCUUUGAAUUUUGAAUUAAAUCAGUCUAAACCAUGCAGAGUAUGCGAAAAUGGUGGGACAUUGGACUUUUCAUCUCUAUCGUGCAAAUGUGAUCAACAUUAUAAGAACAUAUGUUGCCAAGAUCUGGUGACAUGUCAGGAUCAUCCCUGUAAAGGCGGGAACUGUACUGAUACCAAUGGUACAUUUACCUGUAACUGUGAAAGGGAGCACAAGGGGGCAGUUUGUGAUACAUAUUCGGCCAUAACCAAGCCUGCAACUGCAUCUUUAGGAGUAAUCUUGGGUUUCACAGCUUUAGGCGUCAUAUGUGUCGUCACUGCUGUCGUCACUAUUGUCUGCUGUUUAUGUCGACCGCGGUUUUGCUCCUGUACGGAAAGAGACAAAAAGGAAGAAAACAAGCAUGACAGAGAUGGGCAUACUAACAGCAGAGUUGUCCCGUUAUUAUGAAACUUAGAUAUCUUUAAUGGGCUUUCUCUUCUCUGUGAGCAUCUUAGCCACAUAUGACAAGUGAUAUCCUUGAUGUGAUUGUCGGAAAAUAAAUAAAAAAGAUGAAAAUAUCA